UGCACCACAUACCGGAAGUGUCGUGGAGCGUGACCUUCCCUCUAGAUCCAGCCUCGGUGUGACAGGACUUGUGGCCGGGGCAGCGCGGCGAGGUUCGUCCCGACAGCAGCGAGACAUGCUGACCCGUAUCUCCUGAAUGUCGAUGUCCCCACACAGGCUGCUGCUGCUGCUGCUGCUGCCAGAAUAAACAGUGGGAACAAUGGUGAAAUACUUCAGCUGCGCCGGUUUACUCAAAAGUAGCUGGGACCAAGUGUGUAUCGCUUUCUGGCAGCGGUACCCCAACCCCUACAGCAACCAUGUUUUGACUGAAGACAUAAUAUUCAGGGAGGUUACUCCAUCCAACUGCCUGAUUUCCAGACGUCUGUUGACCAAAGUCAGUCGAGCGCCUCGCUGGAUGGAGCGGUACCUUCCAAAGCACAUGGCCAGCCACGCCUACAUCAUCGAGGACUCCGUCUUGGACCCUCAAAAAAGGACCAUGACCACACUCACAUGGAACAUCACCCACGCUCGCUUCAUGUCUGUGGAAGAGCGCUGCGAGUAUCGAAUUAACCCUGACAACAGCAGCUGGACAGAGUUGAAGAGAGAAGCUUGGAUCUCCUCCAAUGUCUAUGGGCUCUCAAGAGCUAUUCAGGAAUUUGGCCUCGCAAGGUUCAAGACCAGUGUUACAAAGACCAUGAAGGGGUUUGAAUAUGUACUGGCCAGAAUGCAAGGUGAAACUCCAUCCAGAACCUUGACAGAAACGGCCACGGAGCGAGCGAGAGAGACAGCACUGGCAGCUAAGGAGAAAGCCAAAGACUUCGCCUCACAGGCCCAGAAGAAACAAUAUGUGUGAAGAUCUACUUGAAUCACGGGUCGUGUAGAUACUGACACUGGGACAGAUUCAUCUUUACCCCCCCUCUCAUUGUUCAGACAAGCAUCAGGGUAAGGCAGACUGAUCCCAGUCAUGGGUACGAUACCUCUAUGAGGAAGCAUCCAAAUGAAAAUGGUGGGUGGACCAUAAAAGGCCUGAGCUGGGUUCAAGAGCCUGUUGCAGCCUCCCCGUGCGUGCCAUGCUGAAUCAUGCUCUUCCUUUAUGAUACCAGAUCAUCUCAGUAUUUACCAGAGAUAAAGAGCGUAGAAAGGGAGGGCCCAACAUGGCAGGAGCUGCCAUAAAAAGAUAAUAGCACUUUGCCAACCCUGACACAGUUCCUCAGACCUUUGUUCAACCUCGGUGCCCAUUAACGUUUUACUCUUCCUUUAAAAGUACGUCAUGUUGUUUUGUAAUAGUUUCACAUUAUUACCAGCCUCUUGUCUAAGAAGAACACGCCACUGAAUAUCUGAUUCAUGCAAAUGUUUGUGAUUUACUUAAGUUGUUAUUGUCUUUUUAUUUUAGUUCCGUUCAGCCACCCAUCUUAAUCAUUUUACCAGGUUGAAGUUAAUUGACUGAAGAAAUGUCCUGUUGUUGGCAACCAUAGCUUUAUACGAAGAACAUAGCACUGAUGAUAUCGUCGUACGAUCUGGUUGCCAUGGAGAGCAGUGUUUUCAAUUCAUAAUGUGUAUACAAAAGGAAACAAUGACACCUUGUACACCCAACUGAUCUGAUGAUACAACCCAUAUAAAAGUAUGCUCUUACUGUAUCAACUCAAUAUCGACUUGUCAAUAAAAGGACAGUUUAUUUGUUA